AUCACCAUGUCCGACGAUAAAUUAGACACUCUUCCGGAUCUUCAAUCGGAAACGUCACAUGUCACAACUCCUCACAGGCAAAAUGAUCUUCUUCGUCAAGCGGUCACUCAUGGAAGGCCACCACCAGUUCCGAGCACAUCAACUUCUGGAAAGAAACGAGAAAUGUCUGAACUACCGUGGUCAGAUUUUUUUGAUGAAAAGAAGGACGCAAACAUUGAUGGAGAUGUUUUCAAUGUGUACAUAAAGGGAAAUGAAGGUCCAAUUUUCUAUUUGCUUCACGGUGGAGGUUAUUCAGGCCUCACAUGGGCGUGUUUUGCGAAAGAAUUGGCAACUUUAAUAUCAUGCAGAGUUGUUGCACCUGAUUUAAGAGGACACGGCGACACUAAAUGUUCUGAUGAGCACGAUCUUUCGAAAGAAACCCAAAUAAAAGAUAUUGGAGCAAUCUUCAAGAACAUUUUCGGCGAAGACGAUUCACCAGUAUGCAUUGUUGGACACAGUAUGGGUGGUGCAUUGGCCAUUCAUACAUUGAAUGCAAAGAUGAUUUCUUCAAAAGUCGCUGCACUCAUUGUCAUUGAUGUUGUCGAAGGUUCCGCUAUGGAAGCACUUGGAGGAAUGGUUCAUUUUUUACAUUCAAGGCCUUCUUCAUUUCCUUCUAUCGAAAAAGCCAUUCACUGGUGCCUUUCUUCGGGUACAGCGAGGAAUCCCACAGCUGCACGGGUCUCAAUGCCGUCUCAAAUUAGAGAAGUAUCGGAACACGAGUACACUUGGCGAAUUGAUUUAACAACAACAGAACAGUACUGGAAAGGAUGGUUUGAAGGAUUAUCCAAAGAAUUUUUGGGAUGUUCCGUUCCGAAGAUGCUUGUUCUAGCGGGCGUUGAUCGGCUGGACAGGGAUCUCACAAUUGGUCAAAUGCAGGGAAAGUUUCAGACUUGUGUGUUACCAAAAGUUGGACAUUGUGUUCAGGAAGAUAGCCCACAAAAUCUUGCAGAUGAAGUCGGAAGAUUCGCUUGCCGCCAUAGAAUUGCCCAACCGAAAUUCUCAGCCCUUGCAUCACCACCAGAUCCAGCGAUUCUCGAAUACAGAAAACGUCAUCACCAAUAAUUGCUCAUUUUGUUUUCCAAUAUUUUCACAACAUUUCUAUACAAGUUAAGAAAAAAAUAUUUUAUAUGAAAAGAUUAUCGAUUAAA